AUGAACUCUCUGACUGUGAUUUCGGUGGCGGCUCUCGUGGCUAGCGGCAGCGCCUCCUUGCUUGCGUACAACGGCGUAUAUGGAGGCCAUCACGGCCUUCUUGGCGCCUAUCCUUACGCAGGGUAUUCUGUGUGGUCUCCUGCACCUGUAUCCUACAACGUGGCACCUGCACCUGUUUCCUACAACGUAGUUCCCUUCGCACCUGUAGCACCUGUCCAGUCUCAGUAUCACGCUCAGGAUGAGAUCGGUCAGUACUCCUUCGGUUACGCCGGCGGUCCUUCUUCACGCGCUGAGUCUCGCGAUGCCUUCGGUGUUGUCCGUGGAUCGUACAACUACGUGGACUCUGAGGGCAAGGUUCAGACUCAGCACUACGUGGCUGACGCCCUUGGCUUCCGUGCGUCCGGCACCAACCUUCCUGUGGCUCCUGACGCCCCUCUGGCCGCCCUCCCCGGCCCCGUCCCCGAACCCGUCCAGGACACUGCUGAGGUAGUCGCCGCCAAGCUCGCCCAUUUCCAGGCCUACAACGAAGCCGCCGCCGCCGCCGCUGCCGCCCCAGACACCCGCUAA